AUGGGGAGAACCACAUGGAGCUGCGGUGCCGUGAUCCUGCUGGCCGUCAUUAGCUCGUGUCGCGCCGUCACUCUGGAGUCCAUCCACUGGAGCAGCUCCAACACGAAGUUUAGUCCAGGUAAAGGUUUGGUUCUAUAUCCUCAAAUUGGGGACAAGAUGGACAUUGUGUGUCCCCGGGCGGAUGCAUCCUUGGGGGUGAAGGAGGAGUUUUACAGAGUCUACUUGGUUUCCCGCAGUCAAAUGGAGAGCUGCACCAUCUACAAGACCGACACACCUCUGCUAAACUGUGACAAACCCAACCGUGACGUAAAGUUCACAUUCAAGUUCCAGGAGUUCAGUCCCAACCUGUGGGGUCUGGAGUUCCUCAAGGGGAGGGACUAUUACAUCACCUCGACCUCGUCUGGUUCUCUGCAAGGUCUGGGCAACACCAACGGAGGGGUGUGCAAAACCAAAUCCAUGAAGCUGGUGCUGAGAGUCGGCCAGAGUCCUUCAGAUCCACCUACAACCCUUCAGGAAUCCCCCACCAGAUUCCCGCCCACAAAGCCCAAGGCCAAAGAUCCUUCACAGACAGACGAGGGAACAAAAAGCACAACUGAUUUAGAAAAAGGACAAACAAACCCACAAGGCGGAGGUUUCUCAGACCCAGGACUGUUCAUGUGGGUUAUCUGCGGCUGUGUGAUCCUCCUCUUGGUCAUCAUAAUUGUGGUGGUGGUUGUAUGGAGGUACCGUCGCCGUCAGUGUGUCCCGGUCAGCCAGCAGGCCGCUGCUGUGUCCCUCAACACUCUGGCCGUGCCAAAACGGGACAGCAUCAGCAGCGACAACAACGGCUCUGACCGCAGUGAUGUGGUGUUCCCUCUUCGAGCGUCUGACAGUAUGAUCUGUCGACAUUACGAGCGUGUGAGCAGUGAUUACGGGCCCCCUGUGUACAUCGUCCAGGAAAUUACACCCCAGAGUCCCACCAACAUCUACUACAAAGUUUAA